AUGUGGAAGAGCCUCAUCUCCAGCGGCCGAGAGGCCAUGCGACCAAUUUCCCACUCCCACCCUACUGCAGCCAUACCCAGACCAGUGGCAGUUCGCCGUACAUUCGUUUCCGCCCCUCAUCUUUACAAGCAAUCCACCGAGGCCCAAGAUUUCGACCGCGAAUCACUCGAUCCCCAUCCAUCAGAGGCAACUAAAACCGGUACCGAUGACCAAAUUGCCCAGCAUGAUUCUGCCUUUGAUCCCACCAAUACCUCUCCCGAGAGCGAACUUGAAGCAACUGAGCGAGAGUCCCAGGCAACGGGGAAGAAGGGGACGUUGAACGUGAGUGGUGCCAACAAGGCGGCCAACACCUGGAGAGGGCCGCAGGAAGGAGGACCAGCGAGGAAUGCGGAUAAGGAAGAGACGAGCAAGAGGGGACAUCCGAGUAAGCGUCGGACAAUUGAGGUCAAAGAGGAUGGUACUCAUGUCUCCCGUCGAUAA